CUUAGCCAGAGUAUCAUUGCAAAUCGAGUAUUUAGUAUUGCUCGAAUUCUUGCCAAUGGCACAUCACUCUGUUUCACUCUGUCUCCUUGUGUAUUGAAAAAUCUUUGAAAAUGUUUACAAUCAAAGAUGACAAAAAGUAUUUUAGCGAUAAAUUAAAAAAGUUGCUCGAGCAGAAUCGUAACAUCGAAAUAAAAUCACUAAUCGGAAAAUCAGAUCCAAACGAGCUAAUUGACAGUACAGGAACGUCAUUAUUACAUUUAUCAGCAAAGUACAAUAACCAUUUGCUAACGAAGUAUCUCAUCAAGCGUGGCAGUGAAAUCGGCGCUAGAGAUAACAGUGGUGCAACACCUUUGCUAGAAUCGGCGAUGUACAAUAGCUUCAAAUCGGCGGCAGCGUUACUCGAUGCCAAUGCCGACGUCUGCGCCGUUAAUGACGUAGGCAGAAGCCCGCUGCAGCUGUUUUUCAACGUCAACAAAAAAGUUCCAGAAGGCAUUGUGAACCGCUGUUUGGAGAGAGUGAAAACUGGAAGCAACAAUUAUUACGAGAUGGCGGACAAGCUUAUGAAUGCUGGGUGUCGUCUGGAUCUUGUUGUGCAGAUGGGCGCUGCUCGAGUCACAAAGAUUAUGCUUGAGCGCGGACUUACUGUCGAUGACAAUGGUUUGUCAGCUGCAUUGUAUCUUGCUAUAAAGAGUAUAGAUUUGGAUAACGCGAAAGUACUGCUGGAACAUGUUGGUGAGGUGAGCCUUCGUAAAAUAGCGUUAUUCGAGUUUUUUGCCAAUGUAGCAGUGAAGAAACCGACGAAGAAAGGUUUAGAGAUCAUUAACAGUCUUCUCAAUAGAGUAAGCGAUUGGCAUGCGCUCGAUGAGCAACACAUGUUUUUUCUCGAAUUUAUCAUCGAGAAUGGAACAAAAGAUGCUGUGGUAAUUCUUUUGGAAAGUAACGUUGAUUGUCACGUUCGAAGCGUAUUUCGCGGACGUGAACUUUUGGCGCAUAUCUUCGCCAAUCGUCGUGUAGAUGCGAUCGAGCUUCUUCAGCAACGAUCGUUCAACGUCAAUUGCCGUGGUAAAUUCGGUAAUACGCCGCUCAAGCUCGCCGUGAAAAAUCGUGUAGUUGGCAAUGUACAGCAGCUUCUCGACAUGAAUGCCGAUCCGAAUAUCACUGACGACGAUGGCUGGGUCCCAUUGUUCGAAGCUCUCAGCCCGAAGAAGCUAGAAGCCAACGAUAAGAAGUGUGUGGAGCUUUUAUUGCAAUAUGGCGCUGAAAUUCAAAUUGUUAGCAAGUACAAUCAGACUAUUGUCGAUUGGGCGCUUGUAAAUGGCGAUUUUACUAUCCUGGAACCUGUGCUUGCACACUUGGCAAUUUUAGAAAGGCUGGGACAGCCGAUUUUACCAAAAAUUCAACAGAAAAUCAAUAUGUUUAGACACCUCAAAAUUUGUUACGAGACUUAUUGCAAGCAAUUGGACAGAAUGAGACAAUAUGAGAUUUGCCCCAACGUUACACUUUUUACGGUACUAACCGUCGAUUCCGAAAAAAUUGCAUAUUUCGUGAAUGAUAAGAAGAAUAUUGCUGUAUUAUUACAGAGUAAUGCUGUAAGACGUUUUCAUUGGUAUUAUGUGUCGACUUUAAAGAAGAGAUUUGAACAGGCGAUGGAAAUAGUAAUACUGCGCAACAAAGCUGCUGAAAUUAUAGCUAUAUCCACAGAACGCUUUCAUUUGAAGUACUGUAUAAUUAAUAAAAUUGUUGGAUAUUUAAAUUAUGAAGAUUUGUAUAUGUUUGCUUGAUGACUAGAUUUGAUAUUGACUUGUAUGCAGUAAUUUUUAAAAUAUUUACAUACGUUGUAUGUAAUUGUUGAGUGAUACUAUUAAAUGAUAUCUGCAAACUGUUUAAUAUUGACUAAAAAAUAUUUUACUGUAAAAAAAGCGUUGAGAUAAUUUUUUAAAAUGAAAUUUAAGUCGGAAUGUAUGAGCUGCCGUAGCAGUGACAAAAUUUUACGGAUUAACUUUUUGAAAGCGUAUGAUGAAUAUCGUAGUUUAUUUCAAUAAGAAAUAUUAAUUAUCUAUUUCGAAUUUGUUCG